UCACUGAAAUAUAAGGUCGUUGGCAGUGUUAUCAAAGUGUAGGUCUUGGGCCCUCAGCAUCAGCCUCACCAGGGUGCUGGUUAGAACUGCAAAUCCUCAGACCCUCACUCCAGACUUGCUGAGUCAAAAACGCUGAGAGCACGGCCUAGAAAUCUGCGUUUUCACAAGUCUUCUAAGUGAUGAGAAAGUUUAAGUCGCGCUGUGAUCCGUUAGGGCCGCGCCUGGCUUGCAGGCCGCCAGCUCCAAACAGAUGAACAGUGGAGCCCGGGAGCCCGGGGGCCUGGGUUAGACGACGCAGAACCAGAGGGCAGCGCGCCAUCCCCAGGGCACCGUCCCCGCGCCGGCAGCUUGUCCCGGACCCCCCGGCUGGGUGGGGAAGGGCUGCAGGACGGGGCGGGCCGGAGGCUGCUGUCCCCGCCUCCCAAGCCUUGGGCUCGCCGCGUUGCGCAGUCCUCCGCCUUCCUUGCCUUCUCGUCCCCCUCCUUCCUUCUUUCCUUCCUUUCUUCCGCCGGGCGCGAUGGAGCCGGGGCGCGGGGCUGCCGCGGCGCUGCUGGCGCUGCUGUGCGCGGGCUGUGUGCUGCGCUGCGGGCGCGCCCAGUACGAGCGCUACAGCUUCCGCAGCUUCCCGCGGGACGAGCUGAUGCCGCUCGAGUCGGCCUACCGGCACGCGCUGGACCAAUACAGCGGCGAGCACUGGGCGGAGAGCGUGGGCUACCUGGAGAUCAGCCUGCGGCUGCACCGCCUGCUACGCGACAGCGAGGCCUUCUGCCACCGCAACUGCAGCGCGGUGCCCCAGCCCGAGCCCGCCGCCGGCCUCGCCCACUACCCGGAGCUGCGCCUCUUCGGGGGCCUGCUGCGCCGCGCGCACUGCCUCAAGCGCUGCAAGCAGGGCCUGCCAGCCUUCCGCCAGUCGCAGCCCAGCCGCGAAGUGCUGGCUGACUUCCAACGCCGGGAGCCCUACAAGUUCCUGCAGUUCGCCUACUUCAAGGCGAAUAAUCUUCCAAAAGCCAUUGCUGCCGCUCACACCUUUCUACUGAAGCAUCCUGAUGAUGAAAUGAUGAAGAGAAACAUGGCGUAUUACAAGAGCUUGCCUGAUGCCGAGGACUACAUUAAGGACUUGGAAACCAAGUCAUUCGAGAGCCUGUUCGUCCGGGCGGUGCGGGCCUACAACGGCGAGAACUGGAGGACGGCCGUCACGGACAUGGAGCUGGCCCUUCCCGAUUUCUUCAAAGCCUUUUACGAGUGUCUCGCAGCCUGCGAGGGCUCCAGGGAGGUCAAGGACUUCAAGGAUUUCUAUCUUUCCAUCGCAGAUCAUUACGUAGAGGUGUUGGAAUGCAAACUACAAUGUGAAAAGAACCUCACCCCCGUUAUAGGAGGCUAUCCGGUGGAGAAAUUUGUGGCCACCAUGUAUCAUUAUUUGCAGUUUGCUUAUUACAAAUUGAACGACCUGAAGAAUGCAGCCCCGUGCGCAGUCAGCUACCUGCUCUUUGACCACGACGACAAGGUCAUGCAGCAGAACCUGGUGUAUUACCAGUACCACAGGGACAAGUGGGGCCUCUCGGACGAGCAUUUCCAGCCCAGACCAGAAGCAGUUCAAUUCUUUAACGUGACUACACUCCAGAAAGAGCUGUAUGACUUUGCGAAGGAAAAUAUAAUGGAUGAUGAUGAGGGAGAGGUUCUGGAAUAUGUGGAUGACCUCUUGGAGCUGGAGGAGACUGGCUAGUCCGCAGCAGAGAGAUGCCCCUCGAUGUUCAGGAGACAAAGAUUCUUCAUCUUCCUUUCCCCAGUAGCCCACGUUGUUGAUACCUCAAAGCCUUCUCUUUACUCUGUGACGUGAAAGGGAAGCCUCAGCUCUCACUACAUACAAUAAGGGGUGAGCUUGCCUUCCCCGUGACCACACCUGCCUCCCAGGGUCGGCCCAGGCUCACACCUGUCUCCCUCCCCAUCUUCGCACCUGCCUUCUCCAUGUUCACGCCUGCCUUUCUCACCAGUUUGGUUGGAAGGACAGUCUUCCAUUUUUUUCCCCCCAGAGAAUCACUAUUAUUUUUUAAAUAAGAAAAAUACGCCUAAAAUUAAGUAAUUGUGAAAACCUACUUUGGGUUUUCACUCUUCCAGAUUUUAGACUCCUUUAUCCCCAUGCCCUGAUCCAGGAAAGAUAGUGGAAGACAAAGGCCAAACUUCUCCAUGCCCCCGACAGCCUACACAUGGUCUGACCUGAACCAUUUCCGGCACCCACUGAAAGACAAGUUGGGUAGAUAGUGCAGGCUACAGAAAUACGGCUUUUGCCCAACACUUCUGCAUCUCCAGAGUCUUACAGUGGUUGGUCGGCCCCCCUUGGGGACAAUAGUCAGUUAUAAGUCUCAAAGUUGGGAAUGGAAGAAAAGCAGAGAGAGUCUAGUUUCAUUUCAUUCUUUCAAUAAAUAUUUAUUGAGAACCUGCUACAUACUAGACUUUGACCUGGGCACUGGAACUACUGCACAGAAUGACAGAAAAAAAACAAAAAACAAAACCCUGCCUUCUGGAGCCUACAUUCUAUAAGGAGAGACAGACAGCAAAUAAAUAAGAAUAAAUAUA